CGCUAGCACCCUGUCCCGCCCCUGAGCUAGCCAGGUAAGCAAACUACAGUGACAUUGGACGUUGGAAGGGGCCCCGCCGCACCCGCUCCUUUCCGGAGUCGAAACGAGAGGAGAACUGUGAUUGGCACGAUUCAGGGGCGAGGAACACCGGGACGUCCCGACUUGGUUCUUUUUUUUGAGUACCGGGGAUCGAACUCAGGACCUUGUGCUCGGGAGGCAGGCGGCGGCACCACUGAGCUAAAUCCCCGGUCCCCCGACUUGGACGUCUGCCCAUUCCGGGCGUGGAUUGGUCGGCAGAGCCGUGCGCGUGGCCCGGGAGGCGUGGCCAGCGCUAAUAAAACCGGGCAGCGCGGCGGCCGCAGUAAAUUCCGCCGCAUCUAGAGCUCCGGGCACCCAGCCGGGGGCGAAGCUGAGCGGUUCUGUCCGCCUCGACUGCAGCGUCUUCCCGCCGGUGUCUCGCCGCAGCUUCCAGAGGGGCGGGCCCCCACUCUCUCUGUCAGGAAAAUGUCUGCUCCAGCUCAGCCACCUGCUGAAGGGACAGAAGGGGCUGCCCCUGGGGGGGGUCCUCCUGGCCUCCCUCCCAACAUGACCAGCAACCGCCGACUACAGCAGACGCAGGCGCAGGUGGAGGAGGUGGUGGACAUCAUGCGAGUGAAUGUGGACAAGGUCCUGGAGAGGGACCAGAAGCUGUCAGAGCUGGAUGACCGAGCUGAUGCCUUGCAGGCGGGAGCCUCUCAGUUUGAGAGUAGUGCUGCCAAGCUAAAGAGAAAGUAUUGGUGGAAAAACUGUAAGAUGAUGAUCAUGCUGGGAGCCAUCUGUGCCAUCAUCGUGGUAGUUAUUGUAAUCUACUUUUUUACUUAGGAAUGUGCCAUCCCUUCCCUGUUCUCCAUUGCCAUCCGAGCUCAUGUCCUUCUCCUUCUGUUUGCUCUCUCAACAAACUUCCAUCUGCCUUCCUCCCUCCCAGCCUGGGCAUCCCCGUCAUCCAUUACUCCUUUUUGGUUGCAUUCAUUUGCACUCUCUGUUCCUCAACACUAGAAAUGCUGCUCGUGGCGCAGUCUUGAAGUCACUACCUGAAGAGCAACAGCUUGCGUCUCCUCCCUGCCCCCUUCUUAUGUCCUCUCAUGUUCCCCCAAAGUGGACAGAGUCCAUGGCCAAAGGCGGGGCAGGGGAAGGCUGAGAUGACGCUGGCAAGGUUGGUGGCAGGAGAAGGGUGUUGGUGGCUAUGGUGUCGCCUAGAAAGGCUGGCUGCUGGAGGAGGGGCUGUGAGCAGAUGGGGAAGUGGGGACUGGCCCUGGGCCGCCUCACUGGGCCCGUCAGAGCCCCGGGGCCGGUGUGGUCUGGAUGCAGUGCCCUCAUAGAAAGUGCAGCCAGCAUUUUACAGUUACUGUUAAUCUGUUACUCUAAGAUUUUCUGUGUCUUUGAGGAUCUCACAGCCAUUGACUUUGUUCCCUAUAGGCCUGGAGAACAAGUCUUUAUUAAUUGUAAAAAUACCAGGAGACUGUUUCAGAAACGGUCCCACUUGCUUCUACUAAAAGGAGCUGUCUCUCCGUGUUUCCUGCAGCAUUCUGUGAUGUUCACGAGGGCACCAAGGAGUUUCAUCUGGCCCAAGUCUGAGACUCUGAGUCAAUAUUAAUUCUUGGCGUACAGAGGAUGCCCCAUUAGUUAUAGAGAAACAGUGAGUUGAGGGCCUAAUUUCAAAGUAAUGAGCUUGCAGGAGGCAGCUUCUUGUCCUCUUGUAAGGAAGGUCCCCUUCGCCCUUCCUGCUGAUAGAGGAAUGUGUGUCAGAGGCGAGCUCCUUAGACUCCCAUCGAGCCCUUUCUUUUAUGCCAUCGCAGGUACUUGCUUAAGACUGGAUGUGGCAAGAGGUCCUUAGGCCUGCUGGUCUGAGGGUUCUGGGGAGUCCAGCAGACCUGGCAGCUCAGACUCAAGGUGGGGGCCAUGCAGGCAGUGCCAGGUGUUCUGGUGGAUGUCAGGGGGCCUGUGCUCCUAGAGCCGGCUGUCCGCUCUGCUCUGCCUGCAGAAGGUCCUUCGCCUGUCUGAGCCCACGCUGCCCCUCUGUUGUCUUUGCAUGCUUUGUGCGCAGACUGUAGACCUGAGGAUGGGAGGGGCUCAGCCUGUCCUAUCCUGAGGCCCUUUUUUUUUUUUUUGGUGGUGGUAUAGGGGAUUGAACCCAGGGCCUUUGGAGUAAGCUACAUCCCAGCCCUUUUUGUAAAAUUUAUUUUGAGAAAGAGCCUUGCUGAGUUGCCUAGGCUGGGCUUGAACUUAUGAUCCUCCUGCCUCAGCCUCCCAGAGUGCUGAGAUUCAUAGGCAUGUGCCACCUUGCAGCUCUUGAGUUUCAGGAUAGGAUGAGCCCAGGUGCUGGGGAAGAGGGCAGGCUGGGAAAUAGCCGUGGCCUUGGUGCCUUCUGUCCGCUGGUGGACAAGCAGGCAGCACCUGAGGCUGCAGUGGGCGGAUCUGGAUGCUCCUCCCAUCAGCAGCAUUUCACCUGCAAACCACCCUCCCUUCCCACCAUCCCGUACUCCCUCUGUCCUGCCCAGGGCAGGACUGAAGAGCUGGAAGAUGGCAGUCAGUGUACCCUCCAGCGCCCUCAGAGGUCCUCACUGUCCUCUGGGCCCCCUCCUAGUGAAGGGGUCACCGCUGGAGGAGAAGAGCCACUGUCCUGGAUGUGUCCCGAGCUGGAGCAAAGCCGCCCUCGGCCUACCCAGCCGAGCAUGGGGUCAUUUCCUGGGUUUCUGCCUCUCUGAGGUGCACACACCCCAUGUAGCUGGCUCUGUUCUUUUGGGGGUGUUUGCCCUUCUACUUUCUUUCUCACUGCACCCUGAACCUCUUUGGUGUCUGCCAUUCCCCUCCCUUCCACUCCCCGUGUGCAUGAGUAGAUAUACAGCUGAAGCCAGGACUCUGCAGUCAGCUGAAGCCAAGUUCCCUCAUCCCCGUCUUGGGUUUGCUGAGAGCUGACAUGGGUUUUCUACUGUGUGUCUGUCAUCACCUCUGUCUUUUCCCAACCCCAGUCUUGUACUUGUAUAGAAUGAUAACAGUUGUGCUUCCACCAAAGGCAUGUGGCAUAUUUACCAAUUUCAUGUAUUCUGAACAAAGGCGGAAAAUACAAAUUCCUACCACUCA